UCGAUGCCAAUUGCCAAUUGAGUCUAUGGAAUAGUUAUUGGAGCGUGUGUGAGCUUGUUGGUGUUUAUAUUUCAUUGUGUGAAAUUCUGUAAUUCUUGUGUUUGUUGAUUAUGGCGGGAGUGCCGAGGCACAUGCCGAAAGAUGCACAAGUAAUUUUGGCAAUAAUGAAAGACAUGGGGAUCCAGGACUAUGAUCAACGAGUUCUGACACAACUUCUGGAAUUCACGUAUCGUUACGUCACAACUGUUCUGGAGGACGCACGAGUGCUUGCAAACCAUGCAAAAAAGAAGGCAAUUGAUCUGGAUGAUCUGAAACUGGCUGUCCAGAUGACAACAGAUAGGAUAUUUACCAACCCUCCACCUCGAGAAAUUCUUUUGGACGUUGCUAGGACGAAGAACAGUACACCCUUGCCACUAGUGAAACCUCAUUGUGGGCUAAGGUUACCACCUGACCGGUACUGUCUUUCAUCUUGCAAUUACCGACUCAAGAGUAUGAAAAAGCCACAGCCCAAGCAACAGAUGGUUCACCAUAUGGCUGGUAACACAGGCACGUACAUGUCUGGCUCAAUUACAAGUUUAUCAAACUCUGGGAAUGUUAAACUAUCUGGCAGUAAGCAGCAGCAGCAGCAACAACAACAACAACAACAGCAGCAGCAACAACAACAACACUUGCAGCAGCACUUGCAACAGCAGCAACAACAGUCUCAAGGACAACAGUCUAUGUCAAUUGUGAAACGACAAGGACCAUUGACGACAGUUUCAAGAACACAGACAAUUACAAUUCCAAAACCAGUAAUUAAACUCUCUGCAGGACCCAGCAUCCAGAAACCUGUAACCAAGCCAAAAGUCCAAAUAACGUCAGGUACUGGCACCUUAAAACUGGAGGAUAGUGACACAAGUGGGGGAAGCUUAAAACGAAAGCGAGAAGAUGAGAGUGAAGAUUAUGAUACUUUAGAGUGAAAAUGUGUGAACUGGAAGAGAUUGUGUUUCAGUUAACUAUGUUUUUGAAUGGAUGAUAUUGUACAAUUAGAGAAACUUUGUUUUCACUACCUACUAUGUUAAAUGGCUUUUUUUAUUAUUAUUUUUUAUUUAUUUUAUGUCCUGAAGAAAAUUGUGAGGUGACAGUUAGUGCUCGAGACGUAAAGUACUGUAGCUACUUUAUUAUUAUUGUGGACUUCAAGAUAUGCAUUGUACAAUUCAAUUAAAAAUGGUUCUGUUUUCA